CGCCGCGCUCAGCCGCAGCUCUCCCGGCGAGAGCGGCCGGGCGCGAUGCUCUUUUAGGCGGCCCGAGCCCUUGCGAGCGCGGCGGGCAGGCGUAGCAGCCCGUAGCGGAGCUGGGAGGGCGGACAGGCGGCUCCCCAUGGCGAGCAGCCGGAGCAUCGAGCUGGAGCACUUCGAGGAGCGGGACAAGCGGCAGCAGCGCUCCGGGCCGCGGCGCGGAGGCUCCGGGUCCGGCGGCGGCGCGGGGCCGCGGGGCAAUGGGCUGGUGCCCAGCCCGGCGCACAGCGCGCACUGCAGCCUCUACCGCACCCGCACCCUGCAGGCGCUCAGCUCCGAGAAGAAGGCUCGCAAAGCCCGCUUCUACCGCAACGGGGACAGGUACUUCAAGGGCUUGGUGUACGCCAUCUCCCCCGACCGCUUCCGCUCCUUCGACGCCCUCCUGGUGGAGCUCACCCGGUCCCUGUCGGACAACGUGAACCUGCCCCAGGGGGUCCGCACCAUCUACACCAUCGAUGGCAGCAAGAAGCUUACCAGCCUGGACGAGCUGGUGGAAGGUGAGAGCUAUGUGUGUGCAUCCAAUGAGCCAUAUCGCAAGGUUGAUUACACCAAGAAUGUCAACCCAAACUGGUGCGUGAACAUAAGGACUGGGUCCAGUCGGUCCUUAACGUCCUUGGCAUCCACGAGGAGCGAAGUGAAGGAGAGUAAAGAUUUCAUUAAACCCAAACUGGUGACUGUUAUUAGGAGUGGGGUAAAGCCACGGAAAGCUGUGAGAAUUCUGCUGAACAAGAAGACUGCUCACUCCUUCGAACAGGUCUUGAAUGACAUCACCGAAGCCAUUAAGUUAGACUCUGGUGUAGUCAAGAGACUUUGUACACUGGAUGGGAAGCAGGUAACGUGCUUGCAGGACUUCUUUGGAGAUGACGAUGUCUUCAUCGCGUGUGGGCCAGAGAAGUACCGGUAUGCUCAGGAUGACUUCGUGUUGGAUCACAGUGAAUGUCGUGUUAUGAAGUCAUACUCCCGCUCCUCUGCCAUGAGGCAUGCUGCAUCCAAAAGUCCAGGACCUUCACGUCGGAGCAAAUCCCCGGCCUCAGUAAAGAGGGGUGGCCACUCCAGUGCUCAUUCUUCAGCAAAAUCCCCAGUUAAUGGAACCCCAAGCAGUCAGUUAUCCACCCCAAAAUCUACAAAGUCCUCCAGCUCUUCACCAACAAGCCCAGGCAGCUUUCGUGGACUCAAGAUCUCCCCACAUGGUGGAUCUUCUUCCAAUGUGAAUGGUGUACCUGAAUCACUCCGUUGCCAGAGUCCUGAAGGCUUGAAUGGAAACAAGUUCUCAGGGUCAUCUACCAUUCUUGAGAAGUAUAAAGUGGGGAAGGUGAUUGGUGAUGGCAAUUUCGCUGUUGUAAAGGAGUGUGUGGAACGAUCCACAGGAAAGGAGUUUGCCCUGAAGAUCAUAGACAAGGCCAAGUGCUGUGGGAAGGAACACCUGAUUGAAAAUGAAGUGUCUAUUCUGCGCCGAGUGAAGCACCCAAACAUCAUCAUGCUCAUCGAGGAGAUGGACACCCCCACAGAGCUCUACCUGGUGAUGGAGCUGGUCAAGGGAGGAGACCUAUUUGAUGCCAUCACUUCAUCUACAAAAUACACAGAGAGAGAUGGGAGUGCCAUGGUCUACAAUUUAGCCAGUGCUCUCAAAUACCUGCAUGGUCUCAACAUUGUGCACAGAGACAUCAAACCAGAAAAUCUUCUGGUAUGUGAGUAUUCAGAUGGAACCAAGUCUUUGAAGCUUGGAGACUUUGGACUGGCGACAGUGGUCGAAGGCCCUUUGUACACUGUCUGUGGGACACCCACCUAUGUGGCUCCAGAAAUCAUUGCAGAGACAGGGUAUGGCUUAAAGGUGGAUAUUUGGGCUGCAGGUGUGAUCACUUACAUCCUGUUAUGUGGAUUUCCACCUUUUCGCAGUGAAAACAACCUUCAGGAAGACCUCUUUGAUCAGAUACUUGUGGGGAAGUUGGAAUUUCCCUCUCCCUACUGGGAUAACAUCACUGAUUCAGCAAAGGAGUUAAUCAGCCUGAUGCUACAUGUGAAUGCUGAAGCCCGGUACACAGCAGCACAGAUCCUAAGCCAUCCCUGGGUGUCAGAUGAUGCUUCCCAGGAGAAUAAUAUGCAAGCUGAAGUAACAGGUAAACUGAAGCAGCACUUUAAUAACACCCUACCCAAGCAAAAUAACACAUCUGCUGGGGUUUCUGUCAUCAUGUGCAUUGCUCUCUCAGUCCACCUGCACAUUCACUGGAGCCCCUUUAGCAUCACCUCAUUCCAACAUUGUCACCUGGCCCAUGCAGAUAAUACCAUCCUGUGGCAGAUAAGUAAAACUGCGCAUCCCCAAGUUCAGUGUCCUUGCACAGGAGCCUUCUGCUGCCCCCAAAAGCAUGCUCUUAAUUCAUUACAGAUUUUUUUUUUUUUUGGUCAAUUAAGAAAUGUUCUGUAAAUCUGAAUUUGUUGCAAUUGUGUUAGUUCUGCUUAAAGUAAGUCUAGUUUCUGUCCCUUGCUUUCUUCCUUUUUUCCUCCUUUCCCAAUGCCUGCAUUGCUUUCCUCUGAGUAGGUCCAAGGCAAUGGUACGUACUAACGGCGAUGCUUUGUUCUGCUGCACAAAAAGUACAUGGUCUCCAUUUGUAACAAGAAAGGAGAAAUAACUAAGCCAGUCUGAAGUGGAAAAAGCUGUACAGCCACACCAAACCAGCAAAGGAAUACCUUUUAAAAACUUAGGAAAACAUAGUUCUGUCUUGAGUAAUGCAUAUCUGAAGUAGGCUUAGCAAACACCAAUACAACCUUUUUUUUACUUCCUCAGACAUGUCUUGGUUUAUUCUCCCGGCAGUCACUUUGUGCAUGUCUAUAUCCAUCUUGUAUCUAAAAGCAGCUAGAAAAAGAUGAGAACCUUUUGAAGACAGAAGCAAAGAACUAAACAUUGUUUCUAUUUAAAAUUGACACUUCUUUUAGAGCCAGACAAGUGAUAAUCAGUCCUAGAUAAAUAAAAAACAUUCAUGCUUAGCAACAGUAAAAUUAAAAAAGAAAACCCUUAGCUGCAUUACCUAAAACUGUAUUGCUGCUAUGAGGACAACGCAGGAGAAAACCACUGUCAGCAUGAACUGAAAGCAUGUCUUUCCCCUUUUAAAUAACUUUACCUGCCACUGAAUAGCAGAAACCCCUAUUUACAACUUUUUCCAGCAAGAAAAAAGGCAAUGCAAUGGUGCCUUGAUAAUGAUAAAACUCCUUUAGACCAUCACUAAUCUCAAAAGCUCAGACCCAAUUCAGCUGCUCCUUUCCUUGCAUGCUCCCUUUGCAGUGUUGAUUGUCAGUAGUAGAAACUCAGUUGUGGAGUAUGGAAUUUUCUCCUUGUACCUCACUAUGCAGGGAGGCUAGUGAUGUAACUUGAGUUAAAAAAACCCAACAAAACAACAACAACAAAGAGGGUAAGUACCUUGUAUGUGCUGUCCUUGAUGACUUUGAUACAAUAAACACAUCUGAAAAAAGAACCCUGCUAAAUUUGACUUGUGUCAGAAAAUUAUUUCAGUGUUAAAUAUUCAGUGAAUAGUGUAUUAGUCAAACACAACUAAAACCACAUAAAUCUUCACAUUAGUAAAGCAAGUCCAAUCAAACAAAUUUUUGAGGAAAAGGUAUAGCACCUGACCUUUACAAUUAGCACAUAUCUUUGAGGGUUGUCUUCAGCAGAUGUACCACAUACUCCAGAUAAUCAACCUAUUCACUCUGGAAUUCUCAGUUUUCAUUACAACCUGUUGCUCCCUUCUCCUGUAAACUCAUUUUUAAGUACAGAAUUCAGAAAUUAUGCCUUUUUGCAACCAUAAGAGGUCAUUUUCCUACUCUCACCACUAAGCAGAAAAGCAGGCCCUUUUCUUGAAAAAAUAAAAAAAUGUUCUGUCACCUUCCCCAGGGGCUCCCCUUCUGUACCGUGUAGUUUGUUACAGGAAUUGUAGCGCUGAGUUCUCAGUAAGCAUCACCUGACUCCUUGUGUCUGCAAAAAGACAGGCACAUAAAUUUUGCUAAUAGUUACUAUGACAAGUUCCUUCACUAUCACAACCCCUCGUGCCAUCUUUUUUUCCACAUCAGACUUGCAAGACAAAAAUUUUAAACCUGCAAUGUCAUGGCAAGCAUACAUCUGGAAGAGAAGUUUUCCUUGCAUUUCCUAAAGUCAACAUCACAAAAUUACACAAUUCAUUAUAUUAAAGAUUUCUAAUGUUAUUUCUCCUUUUUUAUCCUGGCUGUAUUGCAUGCAGUUUAUGUCUUGUAGAUUGUUUUAACCCUUAAGACAGGGCUGUAUUUAAGUGUUGUUUCAUGUUUUGCCUUGGGUUUGUUUUGUUUGUUUGUAGAACACAGCUCUAGAUAAAGAGAGUCAGAUUUUCUGCAGCAAGCGCUGUCAGGACUCUGGUAGAGCUGGAAUGGAGAAAAUUUCUGCAAUUGCUGCUGCAGCUGCUGAUCCUCGUGAGGCUGGGUCUGAGCCCCUCCUCCCUGC